UCUGUCAAUAUAACAAUAAGACACUUAUUCAGACAAAGGUCCUUCUGCCCACUUCGCUUGAACAAAAAUACUAGCAAAUAGUGUUUACACAUGUUUACGAUGGAGUCAUCAGCAUUACAGGGCACUGAAAGUAUUACCGUGAAGGCUGAGCCCGGUGAGGAUGCGUGUAUGACGGAUUUAUCAACGAUCGCAAUGCCUGUGAAAGUGGAGCAUUUUCUGGACGAUGUGUGCGUCAAGGACGAACCUAGACCCGAUGGCGUGUGUAUAAACAGUGAGCCAUCGAGCUCAGAAGUGAGUGUAAAAGAGGAGUCAGCCAGCGCGCGCGCGGCGGCGGAGCUGUACGCCGGCCACGCGGUGAAGGACGAGCUCGUGCUCGGCCCCGAGCUAGUGGAGCGCCGCCCCGUGCGACACGCAUCAGCAGGACAAACUCCACAGAAGCAAUCAAGUGGCGGACCCGAAACCUACAGAUGUGCUCACUGUAAAUAUACGACGGUUCAGAAACUACGCUUAAUUAGGCAUUUGAGUAAACACACCAGUGAGAGGCCGCACAGGUGUGACCAGUGCAACUAUACUUGCAACUCCAAGUAUUAUAUGACAACUCAUAUCAGACGUCAUACCGGGGAAAAGCCCUUUAAAUGUGACCUGUGUAACUUCGCUAGCUGCUCUAAAAGUAAUUUGCACGCUCAUUUAAUGACACACACUGGUGACAAGCCAUAUAAAUGCAACCGGUGCAACUACACUUGCAACUUAAAAAUAAGUUUAGUAGCUCAUGUAUCGAAACACACGGGUAUUAAGGCGUACAAAUGUAAAGUGUGUAGUUUUGCUACAGCCCACAAGCGUUCUAUUGGCAGACAUACAAUGACGCACAAUGAGCCAAGCAGGCGUGACAAGGGUAGUGAUGAAAGAACACACAUUGGUGAAAAACGAUAUGAAUGUGACCAUUGUAACUAUACUUGUAAAUCAAAGUGUAAUUUGAAAGCUCAUAUCGGACGUCAUACCGGGGAAAAGCCAUUUAAAUGUGACCUGUGUAACUACGCUACCAGCUGUAAAGGUAAUUUGGGCACUCAUCUAAUAACACACACUGAUGACAAGCCAUAUAAAUGUGACCAGUGUAACUAUACUUGCAAAUCAAAGUAUAAUAUCAAAGUUCAUAUCGGACGUCAUACCGGGGAAAAGCCAUUUAAAUGUGACCUGUGUGACUUCGCUACCUGGUAUAAAGCUAGUUUAAAGCCUCAUCUGAGGACACACACUGGUGAGAAGAGAUUACGCAUUGGUGAAAAGCGAUACAGAUGUGACCAGUGUAGCUAUACUUGCAAGGACAAGUAUAGUAUGAAAGUUCACAUCAGACGUCAUACUGGGGAAAAGCCCUUUAAAUGUGACCAGUGUGACUACGCUAGCUGUUUUAACAGUGGUUUGCGAGCUCAUCAGAGGAUACACACUGGUGAAAAGCCAUAUAAAUGCAACCGGUGCAACUACGCUUGCACCCAAAGACAUAAUUUACAAGCUCAUGUAUCGAAACACUCUAGUAUUAAGGAGUACAAAUGUGAAGUGUGUAGUUUUGCUACUGCCCACGAGCGUUCUAUUAGAAGACAUAAAACUAUGCACAAUGAGACAAACAGGCGUGACCAGGGUAGCGAUGAAAGAACACACAUUGGUGAGAAGCGAUAUGAAUGUGACCAGUGUAGCUAUACUUGCAAGGACAAGUAUAGUAUGAAACGUCAUAUCAGACGUCAUUCUGGGGAAAAGCCCUUUAAGUGUGACCUGUGUAACUACGCUACCAGCUAUAAAACUGUAUUAACAGGUCACCUGAGGACACACACUGGUGACAAGCCCUAUAAAUGUAACCAGUGCAACUACGCUUGCUACCAAAAAAGGGCUUUACAAGCUCAUGUAUCGAAACACACUGGUAUAAAGCCUUUUCAAUGUAAUCUGUGUAGUUUUGCUACUGCCCACGAGCGUUCUCUUGGAAGACAUAUAAUGAAGCAUAAUGAGACAAAAAGGUGUGACCAGACCAGGGUACGUAGCCAAAUGCACAAACGCUUACGAUAACAUCGCUAUCGAAGCUAGCGCCAUCAUAUUUAAAAAAGUGACGUAAUAAGUGUUGUGUGCAAUCCUGCUUUUGACAAAAGUAACAUAGUGGGUAGCUCCGAUCUCGCCGCGGUGACGUCGCCCGCGCCGCCGACCCC